GAUGGCGGAUGAGAAUGAGACAGCACCGAAGCUGGAGAAAGAAACCGAGGUAGAAGAUGACCACGGACAUUGCAGCAAUUGUGAAAAUGAAGAGCAUCACUCUGAUGACGGGGAGAAAGGAGACACAGGUGCCAAGAAGAAAAAGAAGCAGAAGAAAAGGAAUAAGGACAAGUCUGGAGGCAAAGAUGCUGCACAGGAUCCACUGGCCAAAGUAAACUCCCUCCCUGCAGAUAAGUUACAGGAGAUUCAGAAGGCUAUCGAGCUGUUCUCAGUGGGACAGGGUCCAGCUAAAACUAUGGAGGAGGCCACACGUCGCAGUUACCAGUUCUGGGACACUCAGCCUGUUCCUAAACUUGGAGAGACGGUGACAUCACAUGGCUUCAUUGAGCCAGAUAAAGAUCACAUACGAGAUGAGCCCUACAGCCUCCCACAGGGCUUCACCUGGGACGCUCUGGAUCUGGGAAACGCUUCAGUGUUGAAAGAGUUGUACACUCUACUGAAUGAGAACUAUGUUGAGGAUGAUGACAACAUGUUUCGUUUUGAUUACUCACCUGAAUUUCUGCUCUGGGCUCUGCGUCCUCCAGGUUGGUUGCCUCAAUGGCAUUGUGGAGUGAGAGUGAACAAUAAUCAAAAGCUAGUUGGUUUCAUCAGUGCAAUUCCAGCCAACAUACGCAUCUAUGACAUAGAGAAGAAGAUGGUGGAGAUUAACUUCUUGUGCGUGCAUAAGAAACUUCGCUCGAAGCGUGUGGCUCCGGUACUUAUCAGGGAGAUCACCAGACGGGUGAACCUGGAGGGAAUCUUUCAGGCUGUGUACACUGCAGGCGUGGUACUGCCCAAACCUGUGGGCACCUGCAGGUACUGGCACAGGUCACUGAACCCUCGAAAGCUGAUUGAGGUGAAGUUUUCUCACCUGAGUCGAAACAUGACUAUGCAACGCACCAUGAAGCUCUACCGACUCCCAGAGGCUCCUAAGACUCCAGGUCUGAGGCAGAUGACUGUGAAAGAUAUCCCAGCGGUUCACCGUCUACUGAAAGAAUAUCUCGGUCAGUUCAACCUGGUCCCUGUUAUGAGCCCAGGAGAAGUUCAACACUGGCUGCUGCCCCAGGAGAACAUCAUUGACACUUUUGUGGUGGAGAGUCCUGAGGGGAAGGUGACUGAUUUACUGAGUUUCUACACGCUGCCGUCCACUAUCAUGAACCAUCCUGUGCACCACAGUCUGAAAGCAGCAUACUCUUUUUAUAACGUACACACCACCACCACCCUGCUGGACCUGAUGGGAGAUGCUCUCAUCCUCGCCAAGACGAAAGGAUUUGAUGUCUUUAAUGCACUGGACCUAAUGGAGAAUAAGACAUUUUUGGAGAAGCUCAAGUUUGGCAUUGGAGAUGGAAACCUGCAGUAUUACCUCUACAAUUGGAAAUGUCCCAGCAUGGGCUCAGAAAAGGUGGGUUUGGUACUGCAGUGACCCAUUUCCGCCAUCCGUAACCUCUAUCUCACAUGACAGCGAGGCCAAGUUAUGACAUCACACUCUGACCACCUGACAGAUGCUACCAAUGGACUUCCUGCUUGAGGAAGAUGAAUUCACCGGCCAUUUUUUACAUUUAAACUAUGACCUAUUGGACCUGCACUACUGCUGCCAAGCUGAGAGAGGAUGUUUUCUUUUCUUUCCUCUCUCAUUUCUCUCUUUCCCUCAGUCUUUUUCUUAUUCUCUCUCUGCGCAUGGACUUAAAGCCAUUGUAUUACCAUCAAGAGAGAUGAGGAAUCGUGAUCUGUUAUGAUUAUUAAUAAUUGUGAGCGAGCGCGUGCACACACACUCAUAUAUAACUACCAGACAUACUCCCAGAACCUUAAUUCAUAAGUGUGGCGUUACUCACAUUCUUAAAUUCAACUUUUUCAGUAUAACAUGAGUUUACCCUCCAUGUCCAGUGGGAGGCACUUUUGCGAAAAAAUAGGAUGAAAUUAUUCAUUCUCCUCAGUGUUUUAGAAAUGAUCGAGAGAGAGAAACAAUCAAGGACACAUGAAAAUUCCAAUGGCAAAAAUCAAAUGAGAUAAUAAAAAUCCAAAGUUGACAUGAAAAA